AUGGAUCUUGACCAAAUUUGGUCGGAGACAUCCUUUGUGGAAGGGGAACAAAUUCUGGGUGAAUGUGGCCCCCAUGGGGCUGGAGGGAAGGCAGCAAUAUGUGAAAUAGAGGCCCACAGUACUGGUCAGAAACUUGAGUUGGCCCACAGUACUGGUCAGAAACUGGAGUUAGCCCACAGUACUGGUCAGAAACUGGAGUUAGCCCACAGUACUGGUCAGAAACUGGAGUUAGCCCACAGUACUGGUCAGAAACUUGAGUUGGCCCACACUACUGGUCAGAAACUUGAGUUAGCCCACACUACUGGUCAGAAACUUGAGUUAGCCCACAGUACUGGUCAGAAACUUGAGUUAGCCCGCAGUACUGGUCAGAAACUUGAGUUAGCCCGCAGUACUGGUCAGAAACUUGAGUUGGCCCACAGCACUGGUCAGAAACCUGAGUUAGUCCACAGUACUGGUCAGAAACUUGAGUUAGUCCACAGUACUGGUCAGAAACUUGAGUUGGCCCACAGUACUGGUCAGAAACUUGAGUUAGCCCACAGUACUGGUCAGAAACUUGAGUUGGCCCACAGUACUGGUUAG